AUGUACACCUCCGCCACUUCUGGGGGCCCUCCCGGGGCUUCUGCUGCUGCGCUGCUGCAGUGUGGGGCCCCACAGCCCCCACAGGGGCCCCCCGAGCCCCAUGCAUGCGCUUGCGCCUGGCGGCGGCUCUCUGCUGCCAGCCUCGCUGGGGGUGGCCCCAGCAGCCUGCUUGACCAGUGGUUAGCUGCGCAAGGCAGCAGCAGCAGCAGCAGAGAAGAGAGAGACGAGGCCUCAGCAGCAGCCGCAGCAGCAGGGGGAGAAACAGGCAUUAAAGAGCCAUGGGGUGCUGCAGGAAACGCUGCUGGCGCAGCAGCAGCAGCAGCAGCAGCCACGGCAGCUGCAGGGGCCAUCGACGGCAUGUCGCUGCCUUCCACAGCAGACCCUCCACAAGGACACUCGGCAGCACCAGCAGAAGCAGCAGCAGCAGCAGAGGCAGCAGCAGCAGCAGCAACAACAGCCUCCGUGGGCUGGAAGCUGCAGCUGUUCAAGGCAGCCAUUUGCCUCCAGAAGCGACGCCAAGAGUUCAACUGCAGACGCAGGCGGAGCCUCAUUGCGCUCAUACAGCAUGCAACGCAGCAGCAGCAGCAGCAGCAGCAGCAGGAGCUGGGGCAGCAGCGGGAGCUGCAGGAGCAAAAGCAGCAGCAAGAGCAGCAGCAGCAGGCCUCGUAUGCCUUGCCUGAAGCCACGGGAGCCGGCGCAGCGCAGCAGGCUGAAGACCUGACUCCGCUGGAGCAGCAGCAGCAGCAGCAGCAGCAGACAGCAGCAGGGAUUCCUCUAGAAUCGUCGAAAUCACCUCAGUGUCAGUAUGAAAACCCAGAAGACACAGCAGCAGCAGCACCUGCUGCUGCUGCUGCUGCCGCGGGUUCGCAAGGGCCUCCGCAUGCAGCUGCAGCGGGAGGCCCUUGUGGGGGAAGGCGCUGGGGGCCGCGUGUGGCUGGUGAGACACAAGAAGACGCAGCAGCAGUUUGCCCUCAAAGUGAUCCCGAAGGCGAGCCUCGCAAGCAGCAGCAGCAGCAGCAGCAGCAGCAGCAGCAGCGGGGGGGGGGGGGGCGUGUCCCCCUGACCAGCAGCAGCAGCAGCAGCAGCAACAGCAGGAAGCGGUGUUCGGUGGGCUCGCUGGGCAGGAAGAAGGAGCUGCUGCAGCUGCUGGCUGCGCUGCAGCAGCAGCAGCUGCUGGGGCCCCUGCGGCUGCAGGGGCGCGCAGCAGGGUGUCUAGACACCUGGUGA